CCCCGACGCUCAAGCGUCUACCUUCCCCCUGUGAGCGGUCACAGCAGCAGCAGCGGGUUUCGGUGGAGCAGAGCACACUCUUCCCGGGGCUGGCCCUCAGAGAGAGAAAGAGGGAGAGAGAGAGAGAGAGGAGAAAAGCAAAGGAAAAGAGAGAGAGUAAGAGAGACACGCAGAGAGAGAGGGAGAGACAGACGACGGCUCCUGUCCUGCCUAGCAACAUGCGGCUGAUGCGCGAGAGCUGCGCUGCCUUUCCACCGCUCAGCACUGCCUCCCCGAGCUGCCGAUAGUCCCAGGCAGCGGGAUCCUGCUAGGGCCAGCCGGAGAGGGGCGAGCCACAGGGUGGGGGUGAGCGGAGCCAAUGGAAUCUGGGCAAGAGGAAGGAGGCAGCUGCUCUGGCAUUUGACAGCGAUGCUGGAACCACAGUGAGCACAAGGUGCUGGGUGGGGAAAAAGCCAGGAAAGGAAAAAAAAAAAAAGAUUGUUACGCCAAGAGAAUCCAGCCGUGGCCAGUGGAGAAGAGGGGAAUAUAAGCACACGGAGUGGGGAAAUUUGACCAGAGGAGUAAACGGGAACAGAACCCCCGAUUUGAGGGGAAGGAGCACAGAUGACAGUUGCUGUCUGAAACUGGACCGAACGGAUUGGGAAAUUAAAGUGGCCCGGAGGAUGUGUGCCUGAUUGGAGGGGGUUGGGGGUAGUGGUGGCGGUGGAGGGAGGGAGAGGGAGAGGGAGAGCUAGAGGGAGAAAUACAGAAAGAUAGACAGGAGCAAGGCAACGCUAUUCCUGGUGUCAGCAGCGGGCGCAAUGGCUCGUCAAGCACGUCAACGGAUGGCACAUGCCUGCGUCCAUGCGGAGGGGCUGCUGUGGGGAGAGACGCCACAGAAAGAUUCCUGAAGACUGUCAACCUUUUUUCUGGACUCACCGAAGUGCGAAAGCUGGAUAUGCAGGAAACUCGGCUCCAACUGGAUCCCGUGGGAAAAUGCACUACCUCCCUUGUUGCUGGGCCCCGGACCCCAGACGCGUUGAGCUGCCAUCUCCGAUAAAGGCUGGGCCUGCUGGCACUGCGCGUUCCACGUGAUUGGACGUGACUGUCCGAGGCCCUUAACACACGCCCAUCAUGCAGUGGAGACGGCGGCACUGCUGCCUGAUCAAGAUGCCCUACAGCGCCAAGCGCUCGCUCUUCCGCUCGCAUGCCCUCGGCCUCCUCUCCCUGGCCUCUCUUGCUGGCCUCUUCCUGUUUGUCUGUCGCCAGGACUGGCUGCCAGGCCGGAAGGACAGCCCUGUGGCAUACGCUGCGCGGGGGCUCCGCCCUCCGAGGGGUGAGACCAACCAGAGCUCACCGAGAGGUGCCUGGAGGGAGCCCCUCCCUCUGGCACCUAAGCCAGGGGCCAACCUGAGCUCGGACCAGGCCGAGCCGUCCUUGCAAGGGGCAGUGGGCCUGGAAAACUCUCUGAGUGCCAACGCCACCCUGUAUGGCGGGAAGAGGGCUGUGGGAGGCCUGCCGGCGGCGAAGCCCUACCGCUAUGUCAUCAAUGAGCCUGACAAGUGCCGCAGUGCCGACCCCUUCUUGGUGCUGCUGAUCGCGGCCGAGCCCAGUCAGGCAGAGGCGCGGGACGCCAUCCGGCAGACAUGGGGGAACCACAGCCUGGUUCCCGGGCUGGGCCUAGUGCGCAUCUUCCUGCUGGGUCUGGGGAGGCCCGGGAACGCCCGCCUGCAGUGGUCCAUCGAGGAGGAGAGUCGGCAGCAUCAUGACAUCAUCCAGCAGGAAUACCUGGACACCUACUACAAUCUGACCAUCAAGACGCUCAUGGGCAUGAACUGGGUGGCCACGCACUGCCCGCAUGCCGCCUACGUCAUGAAGACGGAUAGCGACAUGUUCGUCAACACCGAGUACCUCAUCCAGAAACUGCUGAAACCAGGGCUGCCGCCCCGCCAGAACUACUUCACAGGCUACCUGAUGAGGGGCUACGCGCCCAACAGGAACAAGGACAGCAAGUGGUACAUGUCACCCGAGCUGUACCCGAGUGAGCGCUACCCGGUCUUCUGCUCGGGGACAGGCUACGUGUUCUCGGCCGACCUCGCUGGCAAGAUCUAUGCGGCGUCUCUCAGCAUCCGCCGUCUGCACCUGGAGGAUGUCUAUGUGGGCAUCUGCCUGGCCAAGCUGCGCAUUGACCCUGUGCCCCCACCCAAUGAGUUUGUCUUCAACCACUGGCGUGUCUCCUACUCCAGCUGCAAGUACAGCCACCUGAUCACCUCUCACCAGUUUCAGCCCGGGGAGCUGCUCAAGUACUGGCACCACCUGCAGAGCAAUAAGCACAACGCCUGCGUCAAUGCCGCCAAGGAGAAGGCCGGCCGCUACAGGCAGAGGAAGCUGCACUGGGGGCAGGAUGGCCUGCAGUUAACUGGCGACACUAAUGCACCGAGGUCACAGUGAGACUGGUGGGUGUCAUGGGGCGGAGCCAGCGCAGGGGCUUUGGUAACCUGUACAGACUUCAUUGAAAUUAUUUUUUCAAUCUAAGAGAGAUGUUAUGUAUUGUAAACUUGUAAACAAAUGUGAGGAAGUUAUUUAAAA